ACUCUCUGGGGCCGACCCAGCGAGCCGAGAGAGGCGCGAGUCGCGGCCUGCCCGACCGACUAGUUGUCCGAGACAUUGCGAGCAAUGAAGUGCACCUCAUCGAGACGACCGCUUUUGGUCGCCGCCGUUGGGCUCGUUACAUUAGCCAUAGUCACAGGUGAACGAUUACGGAGAGCAACAGAAUCAGAAUUCAUUUGUCCGGAAGGAGAGGGAAAUGGAAAUUUUGCUGAUCCUGCCACAUGCCGAAGAUUUUACCAGUGUGUCGACAACUACCCCUACCUGAACAGAUGUCCCUCGGGACUUUAUUUUGACGACAUCAAGAAAUUGUGCACAUUCAAAGAUGAAGCUCGUUGUGGACCAAUUCCUGCCACACCUGCGCCUAUCACAGAGGUGUCUCUCGACAAGGCCAAAAAGUGCGACACCGCUGCCUGCUCGUUGCCCUACUGUUUCUGCUCAAAGGACGGAACCAAGAUUCCCGGAGACGUUGAACCUAGCCAAACACCCCAAAUGAUUUUGUUGACUUUCGACGGCGCCGUCAACCUGAACAAUUACGAGCACUACAAGAAAAUUUUCAACGGAGAUCGCAAAAAUCCAAACGGUUGCGCAAUCAGGGGCACAUUCUUUGUCUCCCACGAGUACAGCAACUACCACAUGAUCCAGGAAUUGGCCAGUCAGCACCACGAAAUCGCGACCGAGACUAUUUCUGUUCAACAAGAUCUGGAAAAUAAGGGGUACGAAGAGUGGGUUGGCGAGAUGAUUGGUCAGAGAGAAAUCCUGCGCCACUGGGCCAACGUUUCCCGCAGCGACAUUGUUGGAAUGAGAGCUCCGUAUCUGAAACCAGGCAGGAACGCGCAAUACGAAGUUUUGGAGGACUUUGGCUACAUUUACGACAGCUCCAUCGGAGUGCCGCCUUCGAGGAUUCCUCUCUGGCCCUACACACUCGACUACAAAAUCCCCCAUGACUGCAAGGCUGGCACGUGCCCCACUAAGUCAUUCCCAGGAAUCUGGGAAGUGCCCCUGAACGCCCACUACGUCGAGACUUACGAGGGUGGUCACUGUCCGUACUUGGACCAGUGCGUCCUGCACAACCACGACCCCAGCGACGUGUUCGAGUGGCUCAAGGAGGACUUCAAUCGUUACUACCAGCAAAACCGCGCGCCGUACAUGAUGCCUUUCCACACAAACUGGUUCCAGAUCAAGGAACUUGAAGCCGGAUUCCACAAAUUCUUGGACUGGGCGAUGAAAUUGCCUGACGUUUGGGUUUUGACGACAACUCAGGCCCUCGUCUGGAUAACCGACCCCAAGCCUGUCAAGGACCUCACAAACUUUGAGCCCUGGAAUUGCCUGAAGGAAGCGACAACCUCAGUUCCAUGCAAUUUACCCAACAAAUGCCCACUUUCGUUCAGGGCUCCCGACGCAAACGUUACAUCAACAAGGUACCUGACAACAUGCAGGGAGUGCCCCAAUAGGUACCCUUGGAUCGGCGAUUCCGAGGGCACCGGCAUUGCCGGCAGAGACGUUUACAACCCAGAGAACUGAGCAGAGCAACAAAGCUGCUGCAAGUUCCUAGAGAGGCGUGUCUCCAUUUCAAAUGUUUGUAUGUUGCUCAAACAUGACAGUUUUUAUUGUAUUGUAUGUUUAAUUGAUUAAUUAAUUUAAAUGAACAAAUAUACAUGUGCUUUAAUACUCAUAA